AUGAGAGAUAACUUCACUUUUAAUAAGUAAAAUGACUUUUAGAUUAACAACUAAAAUGAUAAAAGAAAAGACUAUGCAACAUUUCAAAUUUAAAAAGAAUCAAAAAAAUUGAUUUUGCAAGUAUUAGUAAUUUAAAGCAUAGUUAGAAUGGGGAUAUACGUUAAAAAUAAGAUUGCAACACUUAACUUUUAAAAAAGAAUUUUUAGAAAAUCAUCUCAGAAGAUUAGAAGUCACAUGAUGUUUUUCUUGAUAGAUUACCAAAUGAUUAUUUUAAAAAUUUGUAAGUUUCUAAAGAAAAAUACUAAGGCUAAUUAGUAAAUAAUAAAAAUAACGAAAUAUAAACAGCAAAAUAUUAGUUGAAUAAUCAUAUAAGUGAUUAAUUUGCAUAAUAAUAAUAAUAAUAAUAAUUAAUAAAACCUAUAAAUAAAUCUAUUAAUAUUUAAAAUAAUAAUGAACCGAAGAAAGUUGGAUUUGCUUAAGAUUGUAUAUUUUGGGAUUCUUCAAAAAAGAAAAAAAAUAAUGAUAAUUAAGAUUAGAUAAUAAGAAACAAAUUAAUUAAUAGAGAAGGUAAAAAAUCAUUUUUCUUGGUGGAAUAAGAGUUAGAAAGAAAAAAAUUAGAUUCUUUAGAUAAUAAAUAUGUAUAGGCACAAGGAUAAAAAUAGAUAGAUGAAUUACUAAAUGAAGAUCACUAAUAUUGUUCAAUUAAAAUAUAGAAAAAAAAGAAUAAUGAAUAAAAUAGAUCUAAUUAAAUAAAAAGUAGUUUUGAAGAUCAUAUUGAUAAUUUUUAAUAACCUGAAAAUUAAGUUUUUGAAUACAAUAAGCUUCUAAAAUAUUUAUUUAAGAAAGAUUAUUUUGAUACAAGUAAAUAAGAUUUUGAAUUUAAUAAAAUACCUACUAAAUUUUAAGAUUGGGAAUAAUAUAGUAAAAUAUUUUAACAAUUUUUCUUAAAUGAGGCUUGUGCUUAGAUUAAAUAAAGUUUUAUUGAAUUUAUGUUUAAAAUGAAAAAAAAUAAUAAAUACAGAAAAAUUUAAAUCAAAUUAGAUGAAUAAGAAGCUAAUAAAGAUGGAACUAUAUUUUAAAUUAGAAAAAUUUAUGAAGAAUAAAAUAAUGAAUAAAAUUAAAUUUAAGAUAUAGAUGAAGAUAAUAAAUAAACAUAAGGUGUGAAAGGUUCAAGUUUUGAAGAGAUUAAAGAUGGAUAUUGUGAAUUAACAUCUUUAAAAAACUAUUUAGUAAUUAUCAGCAAUAAAUUUUAAAUUAAAUUAAGUCAACUUAAUUAAGUAAAUGAUUAAACAAUGCUUUUUUUUGGAAUCUUAAUUGAACCAUAAAAAGCAACAGUAAUUUAAUAAAUAAGGAUAUAAACUUUUGUUCAAAGAUCAAGACUCAAUCCUUCACGUUGGUAUAAUGUAUUUCUAAUCCCAUUUAUGAAAAUAACUACUUUGAUUAGAGAAUUUUAAACUCUUUCAUAGUUAAGAUAUAUGAUGACACCUCUAUUUAAUAUAAUUUAUGAUCCAAAUUAAUAAUAACAUUUAAUGGGAACUGAAAUUGGAGGUUCAUGGACAGCAUAAUUUAGAAAUUAGAUUUCUAAUAGUGAGUGUUUAACUAAGUUUUUUAAAUUGGUAGAUAAAAAAUAUAAUUAAAGUUAAGCUAAUUCUAUAAAGGAAAUAUUGUAACAAGAGAAGGGAAUUAGUUUACUUUAGGGACCAGUAAAAUUUUGUAUAUAUAUAUAUAGCCUGGAACUGGUAAAACUCACACUUUGAUUGGAAUAUUAUCUGGGGCUUAUGAAUAUAUGAAAAUUAAUGAUAAAUUCCCAAGAAAAAAAAUAUUGGUAUUUCAUUAAAUUUUAAAUAAGAUCUGUGCACCUUCAAAUGCAGCAAUAGAUGAAAUCAUAUUAAGAAUUAUGAGACCAGAUAGUUUAUUUGAUUCAGAUGGUAAAUCACGAGAAGUUAAAGUAAUAAGAAUUGGAUUAAUUGAUGAGGAAAGUGAUUAUUCAGAUACUAUUAAAAAAGUCUCUUUAGAAUAUUUAGCCUAAAAUAUGCUAUUAAAAUCUUAAAUAGUAAAAUAAGAAGCAGAUUAAAAGACAACAGCUGAUUUAAGAAUAGAUAUUUGCAAGAUCUAAAAUUAAAUUAAGAAAUUAUUGAAAUUAAAAAAAUAAGAUCCAACAGAUUAAUCUAUUAAUAGUGAAUAAAUAUCAAAAUUGAAAUCAGAUUUGUCAGUUAAAUAAUAAUAUCUAGAAAAGAUGAAAACAAAUAAAAUAUAAUAUAAAGAAUCAUAUAAUUUAUUUUGUGAAAAGAUUUUGAAUGAAUCUGAAAUUAUAUGUAGUACUUUAAAUUCAAGUGGAUCUGAAAAAUUAUCUAAAUAUAUGGAUUAAAUUGAAUUAUUAAUAGUAGAUGAGGCUGCCUAAUGUACUGAACCUUCUAAUAUUAUACCAUUAAGAUUAGGUGUUGAAAAGAUGAUUUUAAUUGGGGAUCCAAAAUAAUUAGCUGCUACAACUUUUUCAUCAAUAUCAAAUACAAAUUUAUAUAAUAGAAGUUUAUUUGAAAGAAUUUUGGAUAAUAAUUUCUAACCUUAUUUCUUAAAUAUUCAAUAUAGAAUGGAUAGUGAAAUAAGAAAAUUUCCAUCCUUUGAAUUUUAUUAAAAUAAACUUAUAGAUCAUGAAUCAGUAAUUUAAAGAGAAUUACCUGAAAAUUAUUUUAAAAAGUAAAUGUUAUUUUUAGAUAUUAUUGAUGGAUAAGAAAAAAGAGAUAAUACUUCCUAUAUUAACGAAAAAGAAGCUUACAUAGUUUUUUAAUUGAUAAAAAAUAUUAAAGAAUAAUUUAAAAAUUAAACUAUAGGGAUUAUAUCCUCUUAUAAAUCAUAAGUUAAACUUAUUUAAUCUUUAAUUAAAUAGAGUAACACAAAUUUAAAAGAUAUUGACAAUAAAAUAUUAAGUGUAAAUACGGUUGAUUCAUUUUAGGUAUUAUUUAAAUUAAAAUAAGGGAUAAGAAAAAGAUAUUAUAAUAUUUAGUUGUGUUAGAUCAUCUGAAUGUAAAGGAAUUGGGUUCUUAAAUGAUGGUAGAAGAAUAAAUGUUGCAUUAACAAGAGCUAAAUAUGCAUUAUUUGUUAUUGGAAAUGGAUUAACUGUAUUUGUUUAUUCUAUUUAAGUUAUCUAAAGGAUAGUUAUGGAGAAACUUUUUGUAAAAUAUGCAAGAAAGAGAAUUAUACAGAAAAAUAUCAAAAAUAGAAGAUUAUUCUUUUUAAUAAAUACUCAAAGAUGAAUGGGAAGAUACAAAUAGAUAAAUGCCAUAAAAAUUAAUUGAAAAUUUAUAAUGCUAAAAAAUCUCUAAAAUUUGA